GCCGGGGUCCCGUCCCGGUGGGUUCCGGGGGAGGAAUCGGGAUCGGGGUGGGGAGGAGGGGUCGGGUCCCGGCAUCAGGACCGCGGGUGACGGAGGAGUCGGGUCCCGGCAUCAGGACCGGGGGUGAUGGAGGGGUCGGGUCCCGGUCCAAAACCGAGGUCCCGUCUCGUCCUGGCGGCUCCCGGGGGAGGGAUCGGGAGCGGGACCAGGACCAGAGGGGAAGGUUUGGGGCCAGGGGUCCGUCCCCGUUCCCGGUGCCCGGUCCCGAUUUCCCGGAGUGGGUCCCGGAUCCCGGUGCCCAUCCCGGUUCCCGGUGCCCAUCCCGGUGCCCCCCAGCCCCCGCCGUGCCCGGUGGUGACGGACGUGCUGGUGCUGAGCGAGCGGAGCCCGCAGCCCCCCGGCUACACCCGCGCCCCCGAGUUCCCUGAACCCCGAACCGGCGUUUCCCGGAGGAAAAGGCUCCUGGUGAAGCUGGAGCAGCCGAGCGGGGCCGCGGCGGUGCUGGAGCUGCAGCUCAGCUCCAAGGGCAAAGUCCUGCCCCUCUACACCAAAAUCGGGGAAAUGGGGGGUUUCGCCAUUUGGUGCAAGAAGGGGCCGGUCGGGCCCCGGCCCAGCCCCGGCCCGAGGCCGCUCAGCACCGGGAUGGAGCAGCUCUCGCUGCAGCCCCCCAGGCCGCCCCCCCCUCCAUCCAGCACCAAAGGCCGCUCCCAUCCCGAAUCCCUGCCCGACCCCUCUGGGAUCUACGGCCUCUCAGCCAUGGACGGAGUUCCCUUCGCCCUCCACCCCAAAUUCGAGCCCAAGCUCAGCUCUGGCCCCGCUCCAAUUCUGGCCGACCUGACGGUGAAAUCCCUCGCCGACAUCGAGCAGGAGUACAAUUAUGGAUUUGUGGUGGAAAGGACGGCGGCAGCUCGGCUGCCCCCGGGCACCUGAGCCCUUCCAGGCGACAUUCCAAAGGGAAUUCCAGAGCCUUGGAGCUGCUCCAGGAGGAAAUAAACGUGUUUCUCUACCUA